AUAUAUAUAUGCAAUAGCGUAAGGUGUCAGUCAUUGUUGAUGACUGCUGUGGAACAAUAGCCCAUACCACAAUUUCGAUCAAUUUCAUCGGUCUCCUCUCUAGGUUUUGCCGUUUGCCGAUUUCCAAGUUCAUGCUCUCCGCCCCACCUUAGCGUUGAUUGUUCCUCCACUGGCGGCGGGGCUCCAUCUGUAGAUGUCUCUCGUGCAAAACCCCACCGUCGAUUGCGUUCCCCAGCUAGGUGGUCCCGCCAUCGUCGGCACCGCCACCAACGCGAUCCUCAACACAGUCGAUCACCCCAGACUUUCCUCGAAGCGCAAAUUGGACGAUUAUGGUGGCCCCACCUUCGACGACGAGGAGGAGGACCAGGAUGAAAACGACGCUGCUUUCGCCGAGUUAGUUUCAGUUAGAAUGAGGAAAGACGAACCCAACGCCGUCCACUCUUCAUCGGACGCCCAACCCCGCUCCAUUACCGCCGCGCAGUUCAAUCCUAGGGUUCCCGAUGACCGAUCGACUUCAUAUUCUUGCUCGACUCGAGCCGAGUCGACUCGUUCCGAGUCCCGGCUGCAGUUCUUCAUAAAGAUGAUCCCCGAGGGAAAAACCAUGGUAUUCCAAUUUUGUCCUCGCGACACCGUGAGAUCGGUUCACGACCGAAUCCAACUGGUGACCGGAAUUCCGGUUCACGAGCAAAGACUGAUAUAUCGGGGGAAGCAGCUCCAGUGGGAGCGCACGCUCGCCGAGUGCUCCAUCCAAAACGAUGCCGGACUUGAAUUGGUGGGCCGUAUGCGCAGCACCGGGCACCCUCACGCGUGGCAAGUGGUUGACGGCAUCGUUUCGGUGGUGUGCAGGCUUUGCCGAGGCGAGACGAUCCUUACCGCGGCGAAUGAUAUUAAACAGAGGAUGACGAAGUUCUUGACGGAAACUCCAAAGGACGAAGAGCGCGUCCCCGGGCAUCUGCAGAUAUUCUUGUCCUGUUCGGCCCCGGCCGCAUUGGUUAUGCUUUAUAUGUCGCCGAUCAAAGGUAACAAGGAUUGUGCGGAUAGUUCGAUAAGUCAUUUCUUGAAUUUCUUGAAUUCAAGUCGUAACGAGUUACCGAAGCCCUAUCAUAAUUAUUGUGCACCUAUAGUUCUCGAGUUUUGUAAGUUGCUUAGAAGAGCUGCGAUUGAGGACCCUUUGUAUCUCUCUUGUCGGAGUACACUUGGGUCAUUGUUGGAGAACUCUAAGAAAGUAAUUGUGAUGCAAGAGAUUUUCCCAUUUGUUAGCGAGUUGGGGAAUAGUUUGUCCAAGGAUUUAGUUUCGAGUAUGGAAUCGCCGACAAGUGUGGGGCCGCUGCUGGGUGAUGUUCGUGAUCUAGCCGCGUUCUUGCUCCUCCUGCGGACUGAGAUCACCGAACAAGUCGGUUUUCAGGGUCCCAUUCCUGUGACUUUGGAUGGGAAAGGAUACAAGCAUCCAUUGUAUGGGAAAGAGAUUGAGUUUCUUCAUCUUUUAUUUAUUGAUUUGUUGAAGAGAAUGGGAGAGUGCCUCCAUAAAAUGGAGCAGUGCUUGGCUGUUAAACACAAGGGGGAAGGUGAAACUAUUUAUUCUGGUUGGUCUCAGUAUCUUGCCAUAUUGAAGGAGCUGAAUAGCGUUUCCAAACUUUAUCUGGGUGCUGAAGAAGAUUUUUGGAUGGUUUUGAAACUUAGAAAGUCUUCGCUGUGCACGCUAAUUAUUAAAUAUGCUAAGCGUACCGAUGAUCAUCAGUGGCUUCUUGAGCAAAAGGAUGUGACUGAUUUUGAAUCUAGGAGGCAUUUGGCGAUGAUGAUGUUUCCAGAGGUAAAAGAAGAUUAUGAGGAACUGCAUGAGAUGCUUAUUGACAGGUCUCAGUUGCUGGCAGAAUCAUUCGAGUAUAUAGCAAAGGCAGAACCUGAGGCUCUACAUGCUGGUCUCUUUAUGGAAUUCAAAAAUGAGGAAGCCACUGGUCCAGGUGUGGUGCGGGAGUGGUUUUUUUUAGUAUGCCAAGCUAUAUUCAACCCAGAAAACGCUCUUUUUGUGCCAUGCCCAAAUGAUCGCAGAAGGUUCUUUCCUAAUCCAACAUCUAAGGUGGAUCCCUUGCACCUUGAAUAUUUCAACUUCUCUGGCCGGGUGAUUGCUUUAGCUUUGAUGCAUAAAGUGCAAGUAGGUGUUGUCUUUGAUCGUAUAUUUUUCUUACAAUUGGCUGGAAGGGACAUUUCUCUGGAAGAUAUAAGAGAUGCAGAUCCAUGCUUGUAUAGUAGCUGCAAGCAGAUUCUGGAGAUGGAUUCUGAUUUUAUUGAUUCAGAUGCUUUAGGACUAACGUUUGUUAGAGAAGUUGAGGAGUUAGGAACCAGGAAAGUUGUCGAGCUUCAACCUGGUGGGAAAAGCAUUGUUGUGAAUAGCAAGAACAGGGAGCAAUAUGUAAAACGUCUCAUAGACCAUCAGUUUGUGACAUCUAUCUCAGAACAGGUAUCACAAUUUGCUCAAGGUUUUGGUCAUAUUCUUUGUAACUCCAAGCUCCAGAAGUUCUUUUUCCAAAGUUUAGAACUUGAAGAUCUGGAUUCAAUGCUUUAUGGAAGUGAAACUACCAUCUGCGUGAAUGAUUGGAAGGCACAUACUGAGUACAAUGGCUACAAAGAAACUGAUCCUCAGAUAUUCUGGUUCUGGAAGAUCGUUGGCGCAAUGUCGGCAGAGCAGAGAAAGGUUCUUCUCUUUUUUUGGACCUCAGUGAAGUAUUUACCGGUGGAAGGUUUCUGUGGAUUGGCUUCUCGGCUUUACAUCUACAAGUCCACAGAGCCUCACGAUCGCCUGCCUUCAUCCCACACAUGCUUUUAUCGGCUGUGUUUCCCACCAUAUCCAUCUAUGGCCAUCAUGCAAGAUCGCCUCCACUUCAUCACCCAAGAACAUGUAGGCUGCAGCUUUGGUACCUGGUGAUAUUAGUUACAGCUUUGCAUUUGGGGGUUGCGAAGGGUUUUUGAUUGCACAUACACUCAGCUUGUACAGAUUAUAGGAAUAUCGUGUUCGUCAUUUAGACCAUGGAAGAAGCUGCUUUAAUCCUCUUAUUUUGGGCCCUUUUCCAGUGUCAUUGCUUUUUUCUCGACUGUCUGUAUAGUUAUAGUAUGAAUAAAGCUGGAGGCAGGGGGAAAAAAAAUCUCCACUUCCAUCAUGAACUUCUUGCCUAGUGUUAGAUAUUUGGCUUUAUCAUGACGUUUAAGCACCCGAGGUUCUGCAAUGACAUGCUUAGUCAAUUUCCUCUCA